AUGGAGAAACGUACAGCAACCACAACCGUAUCGGUGGUCGAUGGCGAGAAAGAAGACCACGAGAUUGAUACUCUCUCGAACUGGCUGCCCGGAUACUGGCAUCGCUUUCCUUUCAUAGGUGCCACGGCUCUGCUGUGUAUUGCUGUCUUAGCAUGCAUUGCUCUGGGGGUCCUCGUCGGUUCUGAUGGCGCGUCAACCACACAUUGGCCGCAACGCGUAGCACCAAGUAUUGUACUAGCUGCCAUCAACGCGAUCAGCAGUCUUUGCCUCACGGUGGCUAUUGGAGAUGGCGUCGCAAUCGCCUGGUGGCGGCGUGCCAUGAAAGGUUCAACCAUUGCAGAUCUCCAUUACCAGUGGCAGCUGAGCCAUGGCAUAUUUGCCAAUCUUUUCACGAGGCCAAGAUCAGUUUUGUCUAGCAAGAUUGCCCUCGCUGUAUUAGCCAUGCAGGUCACCUUGCUCAACAGCAUCCUCUACCAGAGGGCUACGUCCACGGUCCUAGCUCCCGACCUUCCAAGGAAUCUGUCGGCCAUAGGUAUUGGUGCUGAAGAGUUUCCUUUCACUGGUUAUGUCGUCUCAGAUACCUCGUCCGCCGCUCAGACCUCGUUCAUGAUUGGGGACAGCUUUAUUCCCGUAGUGAACACCUUUGGCACAAGCAAUGGAUUCUUUCGUGGGUACAACGAGCUCUUCCGCUUCUCUACAGACUCCGUCCAAGAGCGAAUGGACAAAUACGGAUAUUGUAGUGGCGUCUGCUACUUCGACUUUGAGGCUAUCGGGUUCGAGAUUGACUGCAUUGACGCGACCAACCACACCGACAUCGCGCUCCCAGCCAUUGCUGCUUAUGAAGCUGAUGGCGACCCUGCAGCAUGGACAAAUAUUCCAAUCUUCAACAGCUCUUUCGCACUAAAAUAUGCUUCCGACGCCACUAAUUAUUCUCGAAUUGUCUUGAAUCUGCAAUACUUCCAAUCCGACGAUCCAUACAACCCGAAGAGUACUACCUGUCCUGGACUUGUAACCAACAAGCAAUGUUCACUCAGACCCGCAAUGGUGUCAUACCCAGUCAAAGUCACCAACUUUACGAAUGAACAUGUUAUCAAUGGUGUUUCCUUAAGCGUCCGAAGGACAGAUGCCGACGACGAUCAGAGUAUAAACGCGGACGUGGCACCACCAAGAUACAACAAAGGUCUGAAACAGGUAGAAGGGUUCAAGGUUGUGGAAUAUCUAUAUCCUCAAGACGGAAAGGAAAUGCGUUCUCUAACUGCUCUCGGUGGUAUCGCAAAUGCAUAUGCCCAAUUUUUGUCAUCCUCCGCCGCGAUUACAUACACUGGCGACGAAGAAUGGUCCUUAGACCAGAAAGGCACCCUGGCGCAGACGAUGAUGUACGGGCCACCCAACAUGGGAUCAUGCGACUGCUCCUUCCGGAACGAAUCGCUUGAUACCAUACUCCAAUCCGUUAAUCAGCUCAGUUUCCUAGUCGCAACCGGCAUGGUCGAUACCACAACCUUCAAGAGUCUACCACACAAAAAGGAGACCUUUCCUGCAGCAUCACCAUCCGCCCUGAUCGUCGCAGUAGACUCAAACACAACCACAUCCUUCCGGGCCUCUGCAGGUGGUGCGGUUCAGCUUCAAGAUGUGACACAUUACCAGACCCACUACGUCUACGCAGGCGUAGCCUUCGCUAUUACCAUUGUGUGUAUUGCACUAGUCAUUCCCUCGUACUGGCACUACGGCGAACUAGGCAGACGAGUGACCCUGGGUCCCGUAGAAAUAGCCUCUGCGUUCGGUGCGCCUAUCCUCAUAGACAACUCGCAGAUUAGAAGUUCCGAGGCACGAAACGAGACUAUCGACACUCUGAUUAAGCAUAUUGGUGACAGGAAGAUCGUCUAUGGUUUCGUUGACGUAAACAAACACGGCGAGACCUCACAUCAAGAGAUGCAGUUGCAGGAAUCCGCUUCUACAUCGCCACACCUUGAGGCACUAGAUGGACUUGCUUCUCUGAGGCAGACGACUACCACAGGUGCUGAAUCACCGACACGGAGUCCUGCUCUCAACCAGGACGAUGGGCCAGCGCAGAGCAAAAUGCAGAAGAGGAGGAGUGUUCGACUCGCGAUGGGUGCACCAGAGUAUGUCAGGCCUACGAGUCAAGUAUUCCCCAAAAGUCCAAGAGUGGCUUGA